AUGCCCCAGCCACAGACGGGCAUUCAUGGGCCCCUCUUACUCGAGGAGCCUCUUAUCAGGACCCCAUUCGAGCUGCUCCGCCGGUCCCAUAGGAGCGCGCAGCGACAGGUGGAGAAAGACUUUGUUGCCGUGCAGAUGCAACUGAGCGGCCUGCUCAAGAGCUUCACUGGGGACGCAGUGGCCGACAAGGAACUGGCCGCCACCAAGCUCGACGGUAUCACCGACCGUGUCCGCGGACUGAAGCGCAAGCUCGACGACCUCCAGCCUUCCCCCGAGAAGCCGAGCGUGCUGCGUGACCGGCUGGCGUAUGUGGACGCGGCACUCCUUGCGCCGCCCAAGGAGAGCAGUCCCGAAGUGGAAGUCGCGGACGGCAAGGAGGAUGGAAGUGGACCUGCAAAGCCGAAGAGCAAGGACGAAGUGAUGGACGCGGAGGGUGCGGCUGUGGAAGCCGAGGUCGCGGCCGAGUUGACUGUCGAGGAGGUGCCCUCGCGCCCCUCCAGCGGUGGCUCUGGCUCCAGGACCCCCGGGGACCGCACUCUCGACCGAUACAUCGUGGACCACCUGCUGCGCACUGGCCGAAUGAAGACUGCGCGUGCCCUUGCGGCGGUGCAGGAUAUCGAGAACCUCGUGGACGUCAAGCUGUUUGCCGAGCUGGUGCGCAUCGAGAGUGCGCUUAUCGAGAAGCGCUCUUGUGCCGAGGGACUGGCAUGGUGCGGAGAGAACCGCGGCACACUCAAGAAGCAGGGUGUGAGUCUUGCUAAAGACAUGAUUCUUAUGCAGCAAGCUAACGUCCUCCAGAGUGAUCUCGAGUUUGCGCUCCGCAUGCAAGAGUUUGUGGAGCUGUGUCGCAAGCGCGACACUGUGGCCGCCAUCACCUAUGCGCGCAAGAACCUUGCUCCAUGGGGCAGCUCGCACAUGGCCGAGGUGCAACAGGCCAUGACGCUGCUUGCGUUCGGCGAGACGACCGGUGUGGCACUCUACCGCACACUGUACGACAGCAGUCGGUGGGCAGUGGUGCGCGACCAGUUCCGCGAGACCUUCCUCGGGAUCUACGCCCUCCCAUCUCAAUCGCUCUUGGCCCUCUCCCUCUCGGCUGGUCUCAGUUCUCUCCGCCUGCCAUCCUGUGUUGGCCCAUCACCACCUGGCUCUGGCCUGGCCUCGCCACGGAGUGCCGAGAAGUCGCCUCGGUCGCUCGCGCAAUCCUCCUUCCCACCCGCACCGCUGCUUCCUCCUGCACCAGACCUACACGCCAUGCUGGGUCUCGACUCGCUCAUUGUUCCCGAAGUCCCGCGCGUGUCCGAGCCCGGUUCGCACGCCGACGAGACCGCCCCGCUCCGCCUCGACCAGCCGACUGCCAACGUCGACUGUCCUACGUGCGCGCCAAACAUGCGUGUCCUCGCACGCGAGGUGCCGAUGGCACACCACGUCAACUCGACCCUCGUAUGCCGCAUUUCCGGCGCCGUGAUGGACUCAAACAAUGAGCCACUGGCCUUCCCUAAUGGCUGUGUCUACUCGUCAAAGGUGAGCUGGCCUGACAUUUGGAUGUACGGUAUAGCUGACAAACAGGCCCUUGCGGAAAUGGCAAAGAACAACUUUGACGUCGUCACUUGCCCGCGCACGAAUGAGACGUGUGCCUUUGCCCGUCUUCGCAAGGUGUACAUCUCGUAG